UAAUUUAAUUUUACAUCGGAAUGUAAACAACCAAAUAUGUUAAAUAAGGGAAUCGAAAAUAUUUACACACAACACAAGACAUUGAUUGAAGAAUUAUUAGAUCAAAUUCUCAAAAUAAAAUUAAAAGAAAAUUUAUAUCCAUAUUUUGGAUCUAUUAAAAAUGAAAAGUUUAGCGACAUUGUAAUAUAUAUUGUUGGCGGUUUGACAUAUGAAGAGAUAUUAGCAACAUACAUGUUCAAUAAAAAUAACAAUUCUGGACCACAAGCUAUGCAAGUGUUAAUAGGAGGCACAAAUAUUUUGAAUAGUCAAAUGGUUCAGGAACUUGAUCGAAAUCGACUUUCUAAGAGGGGCGAACCCUCCCUUGGUCCAAUUACCCCAGGUUUUUAGAUACCUUGGAUCAAUUUUCUCAUUCUUCAAGUGGAAUAUAAAUGAAUUGCCAGCCAUUAAUAUUUUCUAUGUUUAUUAUGUUAUUAAGUUUAUGACAUAAUUUUAU